AUGACUGUUACUAUUUACCUGAAUAGUGACAGCCCUUGCAAAGGGCUUGUGGUGUUUCCACCCAUUGUCAUCAUAACCAUUAUUCACGUGAGAUAUGAAGAGAGGAAUUUGUAUAGAGUUUUGGUGUGGGAAGUGAAGAAUAUGACUAAUUUUUUCGUUGCUAACGUCAGCAAAUCCAAGCAACAGCCAGGCUGUUCUUGCCUUCUGGCUUGCCCAGGCUUGUGGAGCCCACAAGCUGACUGGGCAGCUUAA